AUGACCAUGAGCUCGUUUUUGAUAAACUCCAACUACAUCGAGCCCAAGUUCCCUCCCUUCGAGGAGUACGCGCAGCACAGCGGCCCGGGCGGCGGAGACGGCGGCCCGGGCGGGGGCCCCGGCUACCAGCAGUCCCCCGCGCCCGCGGCCCAGCACCUGCCGCCGCAGCCCCAGCUCCCCCACGCGGGCGGCAGCCGCGAGCCCCCCGCCUCCUACUACGCACCGCGGGUCGCCCGCGAGCCCGCCUACCCCGCGGCCGCGCUCUACCCUGCGCACGGUGCCGCCGACACCGCCUACCCCUAUGGCUACCGCGGCGGCGCCAGCCCCGGGCGGCCACCGCAGCCCGAGCAGCCCUCGGCGCACGCCAAGGGCCCCGCGCACAGCCUGCACGCGGGCCAUGUUCUGCAGCCCGGGCGACAGCCCCCGCCGCCGCCCCCGCAGCACCGCACGGCACCUCCCGCGCCCCCGCGGCGCUGCGUGGCGGCCCCUACCACCCCGGGCGUCCCGGCAGGGAGCAGCGCCCCCGAGUGCCGGCUGCUCCUGGCCAACGAGAGCCCGCCGGGCCUGAAGGGCAAGGAGCCGGUGGUGUACCCCUGGAUGAAGAAGAUCCAUGUCAGCGCCGUCAACCCCAGUUAUAACGGAGGGGAGCCCAAACGCUCUCGCACCGCCUAUACCCGGCAGCAGGUCUUGGAGCUGGAGAAGGAGUUCCACUUUAACCGCUACCUGACCCGCCGGCGCCGCAUCGAGAUCGCCCACACGCUCUGCUUGUCUGAGCGCCAGGUCAAGAUCUGGUUUCAGAACCGGAGGAUGAAGUGGAAGAAAGAUCACAAACUGCCCAACACCAAGAUGCGCUCCUCCAACUCAGCCUCGGCCUCUGCAGGCCCGCCAGGGAAAGCACAAACUCAGAGCCCGCACCCCCAUCCCCACCCUGGCGCCUCCACACCCAUUCCCUCCUCCAUGUAAUCUUCUAGAGACCUAGACCAGUUUCUCCCCCUUAUCUGCUUUUCUCUUCUCUUCUCCCUCUUUCCCCAUUCCCCCAGCCCCACCCGGAGUCUGGACCAUAACAGACGCCAAAACAAAACCCAACUUGGUGAAAAGGAUAACAAAAAAGAAGACUUUAUUUCGGUAAGAGUGUGUACUGGUCACCACCCAAGAAAGGACAGCGGGCCAGGAUGCUGGCUGGUGGAGCUACCUGCUGGUCUGAAUAAGGCUGCCAGGUUUGUGUACCAGAGAAGGACUUGGCAUCAAAUCUCUUGAGAUGGCUGAAGUAAACCAGACAGCCCAUGCUGACUAGGGACAGGUACAUGUAUAUUUGUUGCAAGCAGAAGAAAACAGAUCCUUUCUCCACCUCCUUUAUUUCCUCUUCCCCUUUUAAGGCAGCUCAUACAAUCUUAUGUUGAACUGAAUAAAUGAGCAGACAUUGUGGACCUCAUAACAUUAUUUAAUUCUCAAAAUGUAUAAACCUUGAUGGUAGAUGUGACAAGUUAGUUUCCCUUCCUUGCAUUUAUUUAAAAUAUUGUUAUAGAGAUAUUGUUGUCUUAUCCCGGGGCACAUUCUCGGGGGUGAGAGGGGUGCAUUGGGACCCAUGUGCAACUGUACAAAUUGUGG